ACUUCGUUACACAUUUAGAGCCUGCGUUUCUUUGCCGGCUUUUCAGUAUCUCCUUAAGAAGCUGAGGUUGGCGGCGUGCUAUUUAUUUAUUUAUUGUAGUUUCUUUUAAUUCUCCGGAGCCGAACAUGCUCGGUCUGUGCCUUUACGUGCCCGUGUCUAACUCGGACCCCGUUGAAGUGGAGUAUUUCGAAUCUAACGGACUCCCGUCGGAGCUGAAGUCGCUCUUCAACAAGCUGAGUGUGUUGCUGCCGUCACAGGAGUUUUCGACCUACCAGAAAUGGCGGAAGAAAACCUUACAAAGGGAAGAACAUGACUCUGAUGUCCAGCUGGAGUUUGAGGAGUUUGUUCAUUAUCUCCAGGACUAUGAGAAAGACCUGAAGCUUGUGGUGAAAAGUCUCGACAAGAAGAAUGCAGGCUGUGUUGGUCCCAAAGAGCUGGUGCAGUCUCUUCAUGACCUUGGUGUGCAUAUCUCUCUGCAACAUGCAGAGAAAGCCCUUAAAAGCAUGGAUAAAAAUGGAAUGAUAACAAUCAGCAGCAGCGACUGGAGCAAUUAUCCGAUGGUGGAAAAGACAGAGAACAUUCCUGAGAUCAUCCUGUACUGGAAACACUCCACGAUAUUUGAUGUGGGUGAAAACCUGAUGGUGCCUGAUGAGUUCACCGUUGAGGAGAAGCAGACUGGGAUGUGGUGGAGGCACCUGGUUGCAGGUGGCGUUGCUGGAGCUGUUUCCAGGACCUGCACCGCCCCCCUGGAUAGACUCAAAGUCAUGAUGCAGGUUUAUGGAUCUCGAACGAACAACAUGUGCAUCAUGAGUGGAUUGAUGCAGAUGAUCAAAGAGGGCGGCACAAGGUCACUGUGGAGAGGCAACGGCAUCAACGUCAUCAAAAUCGCCCCCGAGUCGGCUCUGAAGUUCAUGGCAUACGAGCAGAUUAAACGUCUGAUCGGCACCGACAAGGAGGCGCUGACCAUCUUGGAGCGCUUCGUUGCAGGUUCUCUGGCCGGAGUGAUCGCCCAGAGUACCAUCUACCCCAUGGAGGUUCUGAAAACCCGGCUUGCUCUGAGGACGACCGGGCAGUACUCUGGUAUCUCAGACUGUGCAAAGCAGAUUUUCAGGAGAGAAGGACUUGGAGCAUUUUACAAAGGCUACGUCCCAAACAUGCUGGGCAUCAUUCCCUACGCCGGCAUCGACCUGGCCGUGUACGAGACUCUGAAGAACCGCUACUUGCAGCAGUACGGCACCAGCGGCUCUGAGCCCAGUGUGUUGGUCCUGUUGGCCUGCGGUACAGUCUCCAGCACCUGUGGUCAACUGUCCAGUUAUCCUCUGGCUCUGAUCCGAACCCGCAUGCAAGCACAAGCUGUAACUCAGGGGAACCAGCAGGUCACCAUGUCGGGUCUCUUCAGGCACAUCUUGCAGACCGAGGGCCCGGCGGGGCUCUACAGAGGCCUGGCUCCCAACUUUCUGAAAGUCAUCCCUGCCGUCAGCAUCAGCUACGUGGUGUACGAGCACCUGAAAACGCAGCUGGGAGUCACAUCGCGCUGAAACCCGUCCUCUUAUUGACUCUAAGGCUCCUCCACCCCCUAACGUUACCACUACUGACCCCCCCACCCCCACUGCCACAGGGAAUCCCAGGGAGCUUUAACGCCCCUCGGGGUUCGUGGAGUCUUCUCAUUCUGUGAAUGUCAGCUGACGAAAUCUAAGAAGGGACACUGAAGGUUGGAGGCUGAGGUGGAGGAUCUGGACUCUGUGAGCUCAGUCUGUCCGUGUGACUGCUGCUAUUUAUACUGAGGGGAUGUGAUCGAAUGUAAAUCAAGGACCAAAAUUGUUUUGUUGCUGCUUGGUGUGAAACUGCAAACUUCAGUUAGUUUUUGCAUCACCAGGACUUGAACCCUGCAGAUUAAGCAUUAAUCAGCGUUUUAUGCAGUUUUCUUCUGCCUGUAGAAGACAUUGGAGGUUUUGCACAUGUGGAUGUGGGCUCUCACCCUGUGAAUGGAUGGCUUAGAACAUUUCCUAAAUGACUGUAUGGUUUAUUUAUUUCCGUCCUAUAUUUAUUAUUUUAUUGGGCGAAGACCUUUAAUACUCAGCUGGUUGUAUGAUGCACAUCACAAGUUGAAUACAGUUCAAUGUAAUUGUCCUCACACGGUGCAGAAGUUUAGUUAAAAUGCGUUGGGAGUCAUCUGAAUGUUGAUGCUGCUUGUGUCUUAGCGCUUGGCUGUCAAACACUAAAUGUAAUUGUCAAGGUUGAGUUUGCUCUUGUGACUCGCUUCUGUAGCUUGGUUUCAGAAAGUGUGUGUGUGUGUGUGUGUGUGUGUGUGUGUGUGUGUGUGUGUGUGUGUGUGUGUGUGUGUGUGUGUGUGUGUGUGUGUGUGUGUGUGUGUGUGUGUGUGUGUGUGAGAGACAGUUCUCUAGUUGCCUUUUUCUGAUAGAAGUAGAACUGUCUUAAUGUUCACCUCAGGUUUAGGACAGAGUGUUUUCACAUCUGCUCAGAGGACGAGGUCGUGAAAAACAUGAGCAACAUAAUGCACUUUAACAUAUUCUGAAGGGCCUCUGAAUGAAUGUCCUUUAUCCAGGUAUUAAUAUUUAACUAUAAAGAGUUUUAAUGUUUUUAAAGGACCACAAAUAAAUGUCAAUUCUUGGAAA